AUGGCCCAGAAUCGUCAGCCGAGUGAGAAUAUUCAUGAGCUUCAUUCUUCGGCUAUUCAUUUCGUGGAGUUCGUACAAUCCAAGUAUGAUCGUAUGCGAGUCCGAUACGACGAGGAGGUCCAGCGGUCUGACGCCUUCCGGGAGGCGUUAGUCGACCGGGUCGAUCAGGUUGCCACGAUCGCGCAUUUGAAAGCAGGGGUUCUCCGUACUGUGCGGGCACGUCAUGCCGCACAGGCAAAAGCCGAUCGCGAGAUUGUCGGGAUCCGCAAGCAGAUGGAUGACGCGGGGAAUCGGUUGGUAACGGAAUGUGAUCGGCUGUCCGACAGCCUUCGCAAGGCCAAGAACCGCAAAUCGCAGUAUAAGGUAAGCUGCAUCCACAUCCAAUCGAAGCUUAGUCGGGCGCUUAAGCAGGUGGCGGGGCUCCAGGUUAAAUUAGCGAAGCGGGGGGGGGCUCUCUAUCUGUCCGAUCAGAUGAAUGUGAUCAGUUGCAGCGCACCGUAUAAGAUUACGUAA